UCAAGCGAGCGAGUACGACGGCCGGCCGUGCAGAAAGAAUCGCAGGUAGAGGGAGAGGACAUCAUCCUCGACGGUUAUAAGUGGAGGAGCCACCAUGGGCCAAGUUCAGUCGUCGCGGGGUAAUUGCCACGGACGCGCACCACAUUCCGCCACCCAAGGAACGCAAUUCGCAUCUUCUCUCUUUAGGCACACGCGAGUCGUGCUGGAGAUGAGUUGUGCUGCUGCAGGAGCUCAGUGAAGAGAGAAAGAAAGAAACUCGAUUCUGCAAGACUGCCCCGUUUGCUCAAUUUUUUGGCUGACUUUUGCGUGCAAGAAGUGAUUUAUACUUCAAAGCAGAGUCCACUGAGACCGCGCGACAUGACCCCGAGACAAAAAAUCGCCCUCGGGUGGUUGCUCCUAGUGGGAUGCGGUGCCCUGGCCAGUGCUCAAGAAUACAACUACCACCACUACUAUAACAUGCCCACGAAUAAUGACAUGUUCAUGCAAUAUUACAGAGGAUUUGGAGAUCGGCUUUUUGCGAGGAACGGUGGUGGUGGCGGCUUCCAGUGCCAGAGCGAGGGAUUCCACGCAGACCCCCAAGACUGCACCAAGUUCUACCGUUGCGUUAACUAUGGAGAAAGUCAGGGUCUGACGGCCUUCGAGUUCCGUUGUAGCGAGGGCACCGUUUACGACCCUGAUAUCACCGCUUGCAACCACCCCUGGGCUGUGUCCGGUCCUUGCCACGCUGCUCAGACUGCCGGACCGCAACCUGAACCGGAACCUGCCGGACCUGCCCAGAGUGCACCUCCCCCUGAGAACAGCAACCCUGAACCUGCACCCUCCAAUGAGGAGGAUAAGGACUACCCUGAACCUGCCCUGGAAGCUGGUUCCAGCAGCAGCGAGCAGAGUGAGCAACAAAGCAACCCUGAACCUGCCCCUGGUGACAAUGAGGUCGAAGGUUCGUCGCCAAACGAUGAGGUCCAAAGGGAGUGCACCAGCGAAGGAUUCUUCGCUGAUAAGGAUGACUGCAAGAAAUUCUACCGCUGCGUGGCAAACGAAAAUGGUGGUUACGACGCCUAUAAUUUCAAUUGCGGGGACGGAACUGUCUUUGAUGAGGAAAAAAGCGUUUGUAACCACCCUCAGGACGUGAAGGCACCUUGUGGAACUGGAUCUGGAAGUAGUGGUAGCAGCUCCUCUAAUGAAAAUAACGAGAUGAGCAACGAAAUCGAAGGAGGCUCCAGCUCAAAUAAUAAUGAACAGAGCACCACCACUACCACAACUGCUGCUCCUGCUUCCCAGACCACCACUGCUGCCCCUGCACAAACCACAGCUGCCCAGCAAGAGCAGACAACUACUACUAAAACCACCACCACUAGUACAACUACUGCCAAGCCAUCUAACUCCGAAGAAAGCUCUGGUGGAUCUGGAGGUCAGGGCAGCAACUGCAACCCCUACAAGGGUGAGUGCGAGGAAGAAGGUUUCUUCCCCCACCCUGACGACUGCAGGAAGUUCUUCCGCUGUGUUUCUAAUGGAAAGGAGGGAAGUUUCUCAAAGUAUGACUUUGAGUGCGGAGAGGGCACCGUUUUUGACCCGGCCCACAACGUUUGUAACCACGAAAAUACCGUCCAGCGCGACUGCAGCAAGACGCCAUCAAAUGAAUCGCAAACCCAAGAAGAAGGUGAAGGAGGGCAGGGUGGAGACGGAGGAAGCGGCGGCCAGGGUGGCCAAGGCGGUGAGGGUGGCAACAACGGUCAAGGAGGUGAGGGAGGCCAGGGUGGAAGCAGCGGUGAAGGCGGUCAGGGCGGAAACGGCGGCCAAGGUGGAAGCGGAGGAGAUGGUGGUAAUGGCAGCAGUGGCGGUGCAGGAGGAAGCGGAGGCUUUGGUGAGGGGGGUAAUCAAUCUUCCGGAGGGCAAGGAGGCGCUGGAGGACAGGGAGGCACCGGUGGAGAAGGUGGUUCUGGAAGUCAAGGUGGCGCUGGAGGUCAAGGAGGUGCCGGAGGUCAAGGCGGCUCCGGAGGACAAGGUGGCGCCGGAGGUCAAGGAUCCACUGGAGGGCAAGGAGGCACCGGUGAAGAAGUCGAAGGAGGCGCUGGAGGUGGAGAACAGGGAGAAGAAGUUACCGAGGAAGGUGGAAACGGAGAAGUUGGACAGUUUGAAAUGACUGAGAGCAGCGUGACUGAAAGUGGAAUAGAGGGUGGCCCAGCAGAAAUAUCAGAAGGCACAGAAGAAAUUGAAACUGGCGGUGGACAAGAAAUCGUCUUUCCAGUAACCGAAGGAGGAGGCGCCGAAACCAUUGGGGGAUCUGAAUUGGUCACAGAAGGCCAUGAAGGCGGAGAUGGUAGCUUGGGAGUAGAACAAGGUGGUGCUGGUCAAGAAGGCGAGGGAGGUAACGGCGGAAAUGGAGGCGAAGGUGGAAACGGAGGAGACGGCGGCCAGGGAUCAAACGGAGGAGAUGGAGGCCAAGGAGAAAAUGGGGAAGAAGGCGGCAAUGGAGGAGAUGGUGGAAAUGGACAAGGCGGUGAAGGAGGACAGGGUGGAGAAGGCGGUCAAGGAGGCGAAGGUGGUCAGGGCGGAAGCAGUGAAGAAAAUAAGGGAGAAUGCAACGCCGAAGGUUUCUACCCCACACCCGGUGACUGCAAGAAGUUCUACCGAUGCGUCGACAAUGGCAAGGGUGGCUUCACUAAGUACGAGUUUGACUGCGCCGAAGGAACCGUCUUUGAUCCUGAACUCAACGUGUGCAACCACGAAAGGGACGUCCAACGUGACUGCAACAGCACCGCCCAGCAAACCACGACCCAGAGCUCUUCCUCCGAACAGACCACAACUUCCGCUCCUUCUGAACAAACAACACCGAAAGAUGAGGAAGGUGACAACAAAGAGGAAGGGGCCACAACUGCUUCUUCAGGAACGACCACCACUGCCAGCAGCUCGUCCAGCGAAACCACUACUCAGCAGCAACAGUCUAGCGAAGGCACCACUCAGGCCCCUCAGGGAUCUUCGUCGACCACUGCUGCCCCUCCUAACUGCACCCCUGUUGAUCCCAAACCUGCCGAGGUCAACUGCACCAUGGACGGUUACUACCCUGACCCUACGGACUGCGCCAAUUUCUACCGUUGUGUUGAUUGGGACGAGAAGGGUGAGAAGUUCUCUGUUUACUUCUUCCGUUGCCCCAACGGAACCAUCUAUGACCCUGCGAUCAACACCUGCAACCACCCUGAGAACAUCCAGCCCCCUCGUGACUGCAGCGAACAACAGGAGGAGACCACCACCGAGGCUCAAGAGACGACGACAACUGAGAGCACCACAACCACUACAGCAGCCACCAGCGAGAACACCACCGAGCAGCAGACCACCGCACCCCCUCCCGGGGAGAUCCAGCAAACCACCACCGAGGGCCAACAGGAGUCUACCACCACUGAAAGCACAACCCCUGCCGCAACAACCACAGAGUCGACCACUGCAGCCCAGGAAACCACCACUCCUGAGGAAUCUACAAAGAGCCCUGAGGAGCCUUCAACCACCGAAUCGACCACUGAGUCUUCUGGUGGAAAUGCUACCAGCGAAUGUGAACAACUUCAACCUGGCCAGUACUCGUACGUUUGCCCCACUGGAUUCAGACGCCAUCCCAAGUUCUGCAACAAGUUCUAUCAGUGCACGGAGAAGAACGACCACAGUGAAAUCAGCGUUCUCACCCUCAGCUGUCCGGAGAACACCAUCUUUGACAACAACCAGCAGCAGUGUCUUGCCCCAGAGGAGGCUGAAAAAUGCAACGGUGAAAUUGCUCAGGAAUCGGCUGCCAGGCGCACCAGAAAUAGCAAGCCUGUUGUCAAGGUUGGAAGGGAGCAGCUCUGUCCUGGUGAGGGAUAUUUCAGUUUCUCUGCCGACUGCCAGCACUUCAUCAAGUGUAUCAAGGACGAUAGUGGAAUUGCUAGAGGCAUGUUUAACCGGUGCCCCGACGGCUUCAUUUUCUGGAAUGUGUCCAAGCGUUGCGAGCUGGAGACGCGGGUUGCGAAAAAGUGCAACGCACGCAGCCGCGACGCGCAGGGCUGGAACUUGAGUGUGGACUUCACGAACGUCGGCAGACGCAGCAGGCAGCUGCUCCGAAUGGAGUGAAAAAAUAGACUGCCCUUAUCGAGCACUUGCCAGAAAAGUAUUCAUGCAAGAAUUCGGCCCCCUUUUGCCAGGGGCUGUGGGAAUUACAAAGGUGGAGGUUUAGGCGAUAGAAACGUCAUGUUGUACGAGUGCUCUCAUAUCUAAUUAAAUCAAAAACGCUCUUUUCAUAUUAAUGUAUAACCGGAAGAUACGAUCGAAAUGAAAACAUUAUUCUGAGAGCACUCAAUCUAAAAAUUGGCAGGAACGUAGAAAAACUCUCAUGAUAGGGUGGUUACAUCUGAACUGAAUAAUUCAUAAACCUAUUUAUGUAUUAGCACUUUUUCCAACUUAAUGAAUUACUUGGUUCAGCUUGUGCCGUUAAUCUCAUUGUGCCAUCUGCAACCUGCAUUUUAAAACUUAUUUAUUUUACUAAUCAAGCAUUCGUAAAAAGGCUGUAAAUAUUAAGGACUAAUUUGCAAUAAAGUGAUAUUUCUAUAAUAUCUUCAAAAUA